AGCACAGCCUUAUGCUGCAGGCACCAUGCAAGUCCUCCUACUCCUCGCAGCUGUAGGGCUUUGCUGGGCACAGUACAACCCCAACACUCAGGCUGGGAGGACGUCUAUUGUGCAUCUCUUUGAAUGGCGCUGGGCCGAUAUUGCCCAGGAGUGUGAACGCUAUUUAGCUCCUAAUGGGUUUGGAGGAGUUCAGGUUUCUCCUCCAAAUGAAAACAUUGUCAUUACUAAUCCGAACAGGCCCUGGUGGGAAAGAUACCAGCCCAUCAGCUACAAGAUCUGCAGUCGAUCAGGAAAUGAAAACGAAUUCAGAGACAUGGUGACCAGAUGCAACAAUGUUGGAGUUCGUAUUUAUGUGGAUGCUGUUGUCAACCACAUGUGCGGAUCUAUGGGUGGCUCAGGCACCCACUCAACCUGUGGGAGCUAUUUCAACACUGGGAAUAGAGAUUUUCCCGCUGUGCCAUACUCUGCCUGGGAUUUCAACGACGGCAAAUGCCAUACUGCAAGUGGAGACAUUGAAAACUAUGGUGAUAUGUAUCAGGUCCGGGAUUGUAAGUUGACCAGCCUUCUUGACCUGGCUCUGGAGAAGGACUACGUACGCACAAAAGUUGCAGAGUACAUGAAUCACCUCAUUGAUAUAGGUGUAGCAGGGUUCCGGAUCGAUGCUGCCAAGCACAUGUGGCCUGGGGACAUAAAAGCAUUUCUGGACAAGUUGCACAAUCUAAACACUCAGUGGUUUUCAGCAGGAACAAAACCUUUCAUUUACCAGGAGGUAAUUGACUUGGGAGGAGAUGCACUCCCCAGGGGUCUUUGCGUUGGAGGGGGUGGUGAAGCCGCCUGGGAGACGCGGGGUCUCUUUGUUCCUGCCCGGUGGAGAAGCACGUGGUCCUCCUGCAGUUUAUGGUGUAAGAACCUCAGUUUGUAAACUCUCUCUGUUCUGAUUUUACUGGCCUCAAUUUCAAUAUAUUUAGUAAAAUUAGUUGUUCCUCCUCA